AUGGCGAUAUCUCAUCCAAUUCUGAUGGUGGAAAUAGUUCAACAUUUGGUUCUAUCGUUAACCCAUUCCACAUUUCCUCUACAUCCAAUUCUGGUAGUGGAAAUGGUUCAACAUUUGGUUCCAUCGUUAACCCAUUCCAUAUUUCCUCUACAUUCAGCGGCACAUCACAAAAUGCAAUCUCCGACCCCGCCUCAGGAAAUAGCGAUGCAGCGAAAGAUGAAACAGCUGAUCCCGGUGCAAGUAGUGGUAAUCAACCAGAUAGUAGCGCAAAUGUGGCUAGCAAUGAUACAUAGCGUGUAUAAAUAG